AUGAUAUAUGAGAGAUGUGAGAACCUGCUCCAACAUAAGUUUCAAUCGGUUGUAAUUGUAGGUUUGCGAGGAGUGGGAAAGUCAACUUUGGCCUUGAUGGCUCUGGCUACUUUGGGUCUUGAAUAUGUAGAUCUUGAAAGAUGUCUAGUCGACUAUACUGGAGUGUCUGAUGCAACUUUUAUCAAAAGCGUUUCUAAGGAAGAAUUUAUACAUUUGCAGUACAAGUUGAUUGUAAGAUCAUUUAGAGCUAACAAGAAUAAGAGAGCCAUUUAUGUAUUGCCAGCAAGUUCGAUCAACAAUUCCGCCGUGAUGGAAUAUUUAAGAAAUAAUUGCAAUUGUCACUGCGUUAUCAAUAUCGAAUGUGACGAAGAUAGAAUAUUGAAGUAUGUCAACUACACUGGUGAAUAUCAAAAGGGAAUCCUGUCAAUACAGUCCGGAAUAUCCCAAUAUAGAUCUGUUGCAAACUAUAAUUUCUUCAACUUGGAAUCAAAUUUAGAUGUUUGGAAAAAGUAUUCGUUCUCUAAGGUGGAUGAUUCCAAGCAAAUUGAAGUUACACCACAUCUAAUAUUGAAACCCGUAGAAUUGGAAUUCAUCAAUUUUAUGUCAUUUAUUCUUUGGAAUCCAAUACCGGAACCCUCUGAUGUUCUUUUGAAGCAUUAUCAGAGAAGCAAUUUAAGAAGCUUUUCUAACUGUUUACAGCUCACAUUCCCUUAUGAUGCCAGAAACAUUCACGUGAACAAUUUUGGCGACGUCUUGAAUGGAGUAGAUGCAAUCGAAGUCGGAGUUGAUCUUAUCCAGUUAAUUAGAACAAAAAUCAUGCAUGUCAAUUUGCGGCUAGAUGAGUAUAUCGCGAGAAUAAGAAGAAGUACUCGAGGAUCCAUACCAAUACUUGUUGGUAUUAAGAAUACUAUCCCUGAGCUCAACAACUUCAUUAUGGAGAGUACUGUUGACUCUGUCAUUAGUACAUCUCAAAUUAAACAGGAUUUUAGAAGCUUUUACUUCAGUAUCUUGUACUCGAUUAUCAAAGUAGCUGCUGACUAUGUGGUUCUCAAUUUGGAAAUUUUUCUUUUUGAUGAAGUCAAUUUCCUAAACGAUAUUAUCGUGAAUGAUUCUUUCUAUAUCAUGGACCAACUUAGACAUAUGCAAGGUAACAGUCUGUUUCUAGGAACAUAUAACUCGAACUGCGAUGAAUUCUGGGCCAUUCAAAAAACAAUAGGCAAAGUACGGUGCCUUGAUAUUAUCGAUUUGACGAAUGAUUUACAGAUAUCCAUGGUAAGAGUCACUUCUACUGCUCGUUGUGUAUCAGAUAAUUACAAGAUACAAACAUUCUUGGAAUAUUGCAUGAAGAAAUAUCCAGAAACUACGGUAUCAGCUUAUAAUCAAGGAACAAAUGGAAAAAUAUCCAAGAUCUUAAACAAAGUGUUGACACCUGUAUGUUCUCCAAGUGCUGAUCCUCUGCAAGGUGAGCUCACGUCAUAUGCUCUUAACCAGUCGAGGUUUUCAUGUUUUUUGCAGCCAACGCUACGAUUUUUUGCUGUGGGCAGAAGUGAUUCAAGUAUUCUCUAUCAAUUUGUCUAUAGACUGGUGUUUGAGAAAUUGGGACUUUCAUAUUUUUUCAAAAUUCUCGAAGAUGUAUCAAUUGAUGAAUUAUUGAAGUCUCCCGAUUUUGGAGGGGCGAUAUUAGCAACUCCUAUAGAAAUUAAAGCGAACGAAUUUGCUGGUAAAUCAUCAGCACAUGCCGCAGAGAUUGGAUUAGUGGAUUCUAUAAUUGCAGAAAGAUCUCUUGAUGAUCCAUCUAAGUUCCUACUUCGAGGGGAAAAUGCGGAUUGCUUAGCAAUCAAGGUCUAUAUCUCUGACAAUGUUGCUCCCAUAAAUGCUGUAAGCCACAAUAAGAGUGUUCUCGUCAUAGGUUCAGGUUUCAAAAGUCGUGCUGCUAUUUAUUCGUUGAUGAAACUUGGCUAUAAGAACAUUUUAUUGUAUAGCCCUAUGUCCAUUGCUAGACAGACUGAGAAGGAUGUAUCUCUAUCGCACAAUUUGGAUUCUUCCAGGAAAUUGGAUUCCCACAAUCUAUUGGCUAAGAUUACAAUAAUUACUGAAGAACAAUUCCAAAAUGGUAUCCUCCCUGAUGAUCUUCUAUAUCCAACAAUAAUUAUUAAUUGCAUGAGUGAUGAGGAUGUUCCUAUCGAUGGUCAGGUCAAGCUAUCUGCAAAUUGGCUCAAGAGUCCUUCUGGUGGAAUAUUCUUGGACACACAUAUUGCAAACAAAGAAAUUACAACCCUAAAUGAGAGCCUGGAAUGGGAAAAAGGAUGGAUCAAGACUAAUGGACUUGAAUUCUUGCUUGCCAAAACAUUGAUCCAGUUUGAGUUGUUUGUGGGUAAACCAGCACCAAGAGAGCUUAUAAAAUCCAUUCUAAUAGAGCAUUAUCCUAAUGAAGUUCAAUAG